CUGACCGAAGAACAGAUUGCUGAAUUCAAGGAAGCUUUCUCCCUAUUUGAUAAGGAUGGUGAUGGCACCAUCACAACAAAGGAACUUGGAACUGUCAUGAGGUCACUGGGUCAGAACCCAACAGAAGCUGAAUUGCAGGAUAUGAUCAACGAAGUGGACGCUGAUGGUAAUGGCACCAUUGACUUCCCAGAAUUUUUGACUAUGAUGGCUAGAAAAAUGAAAGAUACGGAUAGUGAAGAAGAAAUUCGUGAGGCAUUCCGAGUCUUUGACAAGGAUGGCAAUGGUUACAUCAGUGCGGCAGAACUACGUCACGUCAUGACAAACUUAGGAGAAAAACUAACAGAUGAAGAAGUAGAUGAAAUGAUCAGAGAAGCAGAUAUUGAUGGAGACGGACAAGUCAACUAUGAAGAAUUCGUACAGAUGAUGACUGCAAAAUGAAGACCUACUUUCAACUCCUUUUUUCCCCCCUCUAGAAGAAUCAAAUUGAAUCUUUUACUUACCUCUUGAAAACAAAAAAAAAAAAAGUUCAUUUAUUCAUUCUGUUUCUAUAUAGCAAAACUGAAUGUCAAAAGUACCUUCUGUCCACACACACACACAAAAUCUGCAUGUAUUGGUUGGUGGUCCUGUCCCCUAAAGAUCAAGCUACAUACACAUCAGUUUUACAAUAUAAGUACUUGUACUACCUUAUUGAUAAGGAAGCACUUAGUGGGCUCCUUAAAGUUCCAUUUGCUAACAAUUAAUACACUGUUUGGGCUGGCCAGUUUUUCAUGCAUGCAGCUUGACGAUUGAGCACAGUCAGGCAUUUGUAUUAAAAAUGAAAAAUGAAAAAAACAAAUUCAAAACCUAUUCAAAUGGGUUCUAGUUCAAUUUGUUAGUAUAAAUUGUCAUAGCUGGUUUACUGAAAACACAUUUAAAAUUGGUUUACCUCAGGAUGAUGUGCAGAAAAAUGGGUGAUGGAUGAACUAUUGAGAUCUAGCCCCACCGGUAGGAUGGUCCUCUUGUACCCCAUGUGCUCUGACCCAUGGUGACGAUGACACACCCUGGUGGCAUGCCUGCAUAUGUUUAGCAUCUGCAUUGUACUAGAGUGAAACAGGUGUCAGGCUGUCACCCUUCACACAAAUUUUUAAUAGGAAACUUUUACCAGGGGAGCAUCUUUGGACUCUCUGUUUUUAAAACCUUCUGCACCAUGACUUGGAGGCAGCAGAGUAGGCUGUGGCUGUGGACUUCAGCACAACCAACAACAUUGCUGUUCAAGAAAUUACCAUUUACGUCCAUUCCAAGUUGUAAAUGCUAGUUUUUUUUUUUUCCAAUAAAAAGACCAUUAACUUAAAGUGGUGUUAAAUGCUUUGUAAAGCUGAGAUCUAAAUGGGGACAAGGCACUUGGAGGGGAGACCAGUGUACAUUUAAACGCCCACAGCCCAGCAUUGGGUUUCUCUUCCUUCCAAGAUCCCAGCACCAAUCUCUGAGCCUAAGACCUUGCCUAAAAACAAGCAGAUACCGAUUGCUUCAUCAUAUUUGUGGACAUGUAGAUUUAGUUGUAUUUUCAUUGGCGGGAGGGGGGAGGCGAAUCAUGGUAACGUUUAAUGAUCUAUUCAGGCAGUAGAGCUCUUCAUGAAGGAAAAAAACCACUUUCUCAAGCAUGUAUUUAGGGGUUCUUCUCAAUUGUGCUGCUGAUUACCUGUUUUAUGUAACUACUCGAGACCAUCUGUGCAAGAGACAUGAUUUAGUGUGUCUGUAAUUCAAUCCUCGCUGUGUGUGGUAGAAGCAGUAGUCACUUUUCUAAGCCAGUCUCAUGCCUAAAAGACACUACCAGUCAUCUUUGAUUUGUGACUUAAUUUAUGAUUAUGCUUAACUACUUUAGCCUCCUUUUACUUUUUUUUUUUUUUUAAGUUGACUUUGCUUUUUUCCUCCAAGUGGAAUUAAUGCUAGCCUCUGGCUUGAAAGUAAAACUCCGGUCCAAAGUGAAUUUUGUGUCUAAUUAUAAACCUGCAACCAAAACUCAAGACAUGCUGGUACUGGUCUUUGUAGUGAGAUUGAUCCAUUUAAAAAGCCCCUUAAAAUAGCAUAUUGCAUUUAGUGCAGAGCUCUUUUUUGAAAUGAAGGCUGGAUGUGCAUUUUUCAGGGCCUUACCUUAUUAGCAAGGAGAUUUGGGUUUUGAGCAUUGGUGUGGGUGGUUUUAAUGUGCCAGGGAAUGGUGGCAAGCUGCUAGCAAGGCAGCAAGAAGCUCUUGGCAGCCAAAUGGGUACAUUCAGGACUGAUUUUAUAGAGACCCUUGGCUUCUCCCUCUCCUACUCCCGUCUUUCUGGCAUUUUGUAGCUUGUUAGAUUUUCUGCCAGAGGGGUAGGUCUGAGCAGUGGAGAGGAGAUUCCCCGCCCAUGUGCUUCUGCUACUAGUCCUUGGACUUGGGUGGUUGGUAGAAGAGAGGUUGACGCCAUGCACUAAUGGUUGGCUUUCAUAAUUCCCUGAACCUGAAAGGAACACCUAAGAAUACCUCGAGGUUUCUUCUGGUGAGAUAAGGGGUACAGAGGGCUCUUGGGUUGAAUAAAUUAAUGAUCUGGAGGUUGCUUGUAGGAGGAUUAAAUAGCCUGGAUGUUGUUGACCCAGUCUCAGGCCUGUCUUGGUAGUUUCAAAGGUAGCUGGGGGAUGGGGAGGGGUUGGACGGUGAUUUGACUUGUUUUUAAAAACAGCCUUUUAUUGUAAUCUUUUACUAAGUCUUUCUAGAAGCUGAGUGAACUUUAUUUUAGGGGUUCCACAGCCUGUUCGAAAAGACUACUUUCGAAACAGGGUUCUUGUGCAGUCAGGAUCCUGUAUGGGAACCAGAAACCCUACCCCCCAGGGAAUGCUGAGUUCCAGUUUGGAGCACAGGUGAGGCAGAAUCCACUGUAGCCUUUUCCCUGGCAUUUGGGGGGAUGACCAGCCCAGGGGUUGGGUGUUAGCAGUCUGCCUAAGUCUGUGAGGAAAUAGCUGGGUGCCAUGGCGUACUCUUAGAGUUGAUUAGCACCUUUCUGUAAACUCAUCCCGUACUUCUUCCUACUCUAUAAAUAUAUACAUAUAUUUAUAUAUAUAAAGUGACUAGUUUAACUGGCAUCCUACUUUAGCCUGAGACUUGCCAUAAGAAACUGCUGAGUAUGUGGCAAACCCUUUCAUGGUUUUGUCCUCCAUCUGUUAGGGGUAGGUGUUGAGCAAGGCAGUGGGUCUUGUUAUUUCAGAUGGGCUUUUGAUGCAUUGUUACCAAGGAAGGCUUUUUCUGAUUUUUUGACAAAUUUUUUGCACACUUUUAAUUGGUCUUGCAGCAACUUAAAACACAUUGAAAAUGAACUAUUGUACAUAUUUUUAUAUUCUCUUUAUAAAUGCAUGUCUGAUUGUACUUGGAACAAUGUUAUAAUGAAUGGCUGGUUGUCCAGUAGGCCUGGUGCUGCUGUGUGACAUCAGAGGAAUAACAUAUUCUUAGCCCCUCAGCACACUGGGAACUUACUCCUGAACAAAGAAUGUAAAUUUGGUCAAGUCUACUCUUCGUUCAUUCAGUUAUUUUAAACAUUUGAAUUAUUUAUUGUAUAUCCUAAAUAUAUUUAUCCUUUUGGCAGUGACUAGAUUUCCACGAAUGUGUCUUAAUCUAUCCCUUAAGCUGGCAGUUACUAUUUUCUUUUUUUAAUCCCUUGAAGUUGUCCUGUAGGAGACAGAAAUUCUUUGCUAUCUGUAUCCCUUGGAGUAAGAAGGUAGUGGCAUGGGUGGAGUGUGUAUUCUUUCUCCAAAUCUUAUAAUGUUCAUUAAACACUUCUGUAGCUAAGAUGGUGGUAAUUCUUUUGUUACCAGAAUUGCCCUUUGCCAUGGCUAUUUGAAAAGGAGAUGUACUUGAACGUUUCUGUAAAUCUUGAGAUAAACUGUUUGGAGAUUUAACCACCUCUCUGAUGGGGGACCAACUCUAUGGAAAUUGUAAAUAAGUUUUAUUUAUAAACCUGGCACUGUAUUCAAUAAACAUUUCUGCAGCCUUUCAUCUCUAA